AUGCUUCACACAGCAGGAUGGUUCACCCUUGAGCCUAUUGACGAGGAUAAGGUUCAUGGGGUUAAGUUCGGUGUUCGCCCACAACUUCCCCAAGAUCUGUGCCCGAAAGAAUAUGGAGUUGCUCUUCAUAGGAUCGACAACGCUCGUCCACUUGUCUCUGGUGAAGAGAUCAAGCUUGAGACGCAUAAUCCGCAGACUCAUCCGCUGCCAGAUACUCGGCUCCUUGAACUGCAGUGGAUGCUGAAUCGUGUGCUUGCCUUAAGGGGUGCCGCAGAACCAGAGGACCUGGAGGAUGAGUCGGAUGUAGACUCGGAUGAGGGACUUGAAUAUUUCGCCAGGCCCGUGUUGUAA